GUGGGGGCCAGCGUUAAGAUCAGAGGACACUCACUACCCUCCAACUGCCUUGCAGAUUAUCUGCCUGGACCUGUCAGAGGAAAUGUCACUGCCAAAGCUGGAAUCGUUCAACGGCUCCAAAACCAACGCCCUCAACGUCUCCCAGAAGAUGAUUGAGAUGUUCGUGCGGACAAAACACAAGAUCGACAAAAGCCACGAGUUUGCGCUGGUGGUGGUGAAUGACGACACGGCCUGGCUGUCUGGCCUGACCUCCGACCCCCGAGAGCUCUGCAGCUGCCUCUAUGACCUGGAGACGGCCUCCUGUUCCACCUUCACCUUCUCCUUAGCGUCCCCAUCAGAUCUGGAAGGACUUUUCAGCCUCAUCCAGCAGAAAACUGAGCUUCCGGUCACAGAGAACGUGCAGACGAUUCCCCCGCCAUAUGUGGUCCGCACCAUCCUUGUCUACAGCCGUCCACCCUGCCAGCCCCAGUUCUCCUUGACGGAGCCCAUGAAGAAAAUGUUCCAGUGCCCGUAUUUCUUCUUUGACAUUGUUUACAUCCACAAUGGUGCCGAGGAGAAGGAGGAGGAGAUGAGCUGGAAGGACAUGUUUGCCUUCAUGGGCAGCCUGGAUACCAAGGGGACCAGCUACAAGUAUGAGGUGGCACUGGCUGGGCCUGCCCUGGAGUUGCACAACUGCAUGGCGAAACUGUUGGCUCACCCCCUGCAGCGGCCCUGCCAGAGCCAUGCUUCCUACAGCCUCCUGGAGGAGGAGGACGAGGCCACUGAGGUCGAGGCCACUGUCUGAACCUCCCCUGUACACCUGCACCUUCUUGUGCAAGGAAGCCUUUGGCCUGAAGCCUUGGUUCUCCAACUGGGUUCCUUGAGACCUCUGGGGGGUCCCAGGAGGCACCUAGGAUGCCUUGCAGGGUCCUGGGAAGGAAACCCAGGAUUCCAGGAGAGACCCCAGGAACUCUGGACACCUGUUUUCCGUGUUUCCCUGCCCAUUCCCACUCCUAGUUUGCCAUGGAUAAUUUCUGUCCUUUCCUGUGUGAUUUUUGUCAUCAAAAUAAAAACUCGAGAGUCGUUAACUGGA